GGGGCGGGCGGGGGUUUCCUCACGUAGGGUGCGUCAGACGUGGGGCUGUUCUGGGGGGCGCGGAGAAACGGGCUCCGAACCGAGGGAGUCUAUUUGUUAGCGGUUAAUGUCACCUGAGGGUGACAAUAUUUAAAGCCCGAUUCGCAGAGGAUCAUCAUGGUGCCGAUGCCGGGCAGGGAUAUCAGCCCGUGGCGGGGUGACCACGGUUAAGGCCGUUAAGGCCUAUUGGUAACGUCACAUCCUUUGCUAAAACACCAGAGAGCACACUCAGAAAAAUGACUGUUAAAAAAGCUUCAGCUGGAAUUUCCGUCUCAAUAAAGAUGAGAAAAUUCGAGCACAAGACAGAAAUCGCUUCGGGUUGGUCGUUCCUGUUAUUCUGAGAAACUCAGAAGAAACAGAAUCCAGCACGAGAGUAUUGAAAAAGCGGAUGAGACAAGUGAAGAAUCCUUUUGGGUUAGAAAUCACUCGUCCUGCCACAGCUUCAGUAACACAGGGUGUAACACUGACACCUGAUUGUCUGGAAGACUGUAUUCUUACAUGCUACUGGGGCUGCAGUGUUCAAAAACUCCACGAAGCGUUGCAGAAACACGUCUACUGCUUCAGAAUAAAGACUCCUCAGGCAUUAGAGGAUGCUCUGUACAGCGAAUACCUCUAUCGACAGCAGUACUUCAUCAAAAAAAAUGACAAGGAAGAAAAAUAUUGUCAGUUACCAGAAGAUGCUCAAGUUGUCGACUUUGGACCAGUGCCUAGAUCUCGCUAUCCCUUGGUAGCAUUGUUAACGUUAGCUGAUGAAGAAGACAGAGAAAUAUAUGAUAUUAUUUCAAUGGUGGCUGUAAUUCACAUUCCUGAUGAGAGCUACAGACUUUCCUGCAGAAUAUUGUAUCAGUAUCUACUUCUAGCUCAAGGUCAAUACCACGACCUGAAGCAGCUCUUCAUGUCUGCAAAUAAUACUGCACCUUCUCCAAGCGAUACACCCCCUGGCGAGAGAAGCACUGAUAGAAGCUUGCUAGAAAAGGCCGGACUGGCUGAAGAUGAACCAGAAUUGCAUGAAGAAACCAGUAAAGACUGUGUUGUUUGCCAGAACGGUGCAGUGAACUGGGUGCUCCUGCCCUGCAGACACACGUGCUUGUGUGACGGCUGUGUUAAGUAUUUUCAGCAGUGCCCGAUGUGUAGGCAGUUUGUUCAAGAAUCUUUUCCGCUUUGCAGUAAAAAGGAGCAAGAUGAAGAUGAAUCAACCCAUAUCUUGCAAGAUGUUCCUCCUGGAAGAGUUUUUUAAUGAGGGGGGAAAAGCAGGACUGGGUUGUAUGCGCCAAGAUUAAAUGUAGAAAACAAGCAUUAACUUGUAUGGGUUUGCUUUUUAUUGUUAGGUAAUUUUCAGCUUCCUUAUUUGUCUUCGCUCCAUAUGCUCGCAGGAACACUAAAUUUAUCCCUGCAAUGUGGACACAAGAAGUGCGUAGGAUAUCUUUGAAGGAUGUGAUUUUAUUUAUAACUUCUUAGUAGUUUUUCACAGAGUACUAUUGGAGGCUAUUUUGAUUACUAAAUUUAGUAUAUCUGCUAAAAAAAGAAUAAAACUUGCAAGUGACUUUGCACACAGCUCAUUCUAUAUUUAUUGUAUUUAAAGUACUAGAGCAAUAUAUAACUUGGUGUAAUUUAGAAACAUGGCACUUUACAGAAUGUAUCACAUGAAGGAAAGUAAAUAUUCUUCAUUGUUAAACCCGUGUAUAUUUCCUUUGUAGGUGAAGGCUGGACUGUGGCAGGAGCUGGGAGUUGAAGGCAUUUGGGACAGUUUCUGGCUCUUUUGAGGGAUUUGUGUGUGUGUCAGGGGCCUCAGCCAGAGCCCGUUGAAUGAGCGCAAAGAUUUUUGUUGAUUAUUGUUGGCUUGAACUAAACGUUGCUGACACUUUCAAGCCUGAGCCUCUGCUGUGGCAUCUCGACACACAGACUUUCAGGCUUGUUAGCAAUGGCUGGAAGAACUUGUUAUCCAAGCAAAUGUUCGUUAAUUACUCCAUAGAGCAGAUACUUGGGCAGUUUUGUGGUGCUAUUCUUCCAUGAAUAGCCUGCUUUGGGGAAUUUCCAACUCUUUUUACUUGCAUGGUCAGCUUGGAUGCAAAGUUGACCGUCUACCUUUUAUCAGUAGUCCCAGGGAAUUUACUUACUCAAAGAGAGAAGCUAAAGAAUAGCAUAAAAUAAUUCGUUUUCCCCUGCAAUGGUGUGUUGUCAAAAGCAUUAAAAAUGGCUGUUGAAAAGAGAAA